CGGAUAUUAGCCGUAAAAAUUUAUUCGGUCCAGCAAUAUUAAACAAUCUGGGUGCUUCAGUUAAUAUCACAUCAGUAUAAAUACAGCAAUGAGGUCAUUAAAAAUUGUUUUUCUAUUGGUUUUCAUCACCGAAACCACUCUAGCCUCUUCGAUAAUAGACAACCCGUUGGGGAAGCUGCAGGUGAAGAACGUCCUCGCGAGCUGCAAGGACAAAUCGGGCGCGACCCGGGCAGAUUUCGAGACGUUGAGGUUGCGCCAAAUACCGGAGACGAAGUCGGGCAAGUGCCUGAUGGAGUGCAUGUUCGAGAACGCCGGUAUCAUGAAGGACGGGAAAUUCAACAGGGCCGGCGCGGUGGUGGUGCUGACGCCGGCCCUGCAGGGCGACCUGACCAAGCUGGGGAAGCUGAAGCAAUUGGGCCAGACCUGCGAAGACGAGCUGGCUUCGAAGAAGUACGCGAACUGCGAGGGGGGCCGGAAGGUGCUGGAGUGCCUGGCCCGGAACGGGAAGAAGUUUGGGGUAGGGUUCGUUAGUGUUAAAAAGGAUUAACUGAUGGCUUUGAUUUGGAAUAUUUUUACUAUCUUUAUUUGGUUUGGUGUAUAAUUUGGAUAUUACGAUGUAUAAGUAGCUCGAUUUUAU